UUAGACCUGAGGCUGGCCGUGCUUCAGGUGCCUAGAGAUGGUGACGAAGGAGGCAGGGCCACCUCCGGGAGCGCAGGGAAAGAAGAGCAGCAUCACACUUCGCCUCAGAAGCUGCUUCUGGACUGCAGCGUCUGCGGGAAGGUGUUCAGCAGCACCAGCUCCCGGAGCAAGCACUACCUCACGCACAGCCAGGAACGGAAACACGUUUGCGGAAUCUGCAGCAAGGCCUUUAAGCGCAAGGACCACCUGACUAGGCACGUGCUCACCCACCAGAAGACCAAGCCCUUUGCGUGCAUGGAGCAGGGCUGCAGCAAGAGCUACUGUGAUGACCGCUCCCUGCGCCGGCACUACGAGGACCAGCACGGCUUGUGCAUCCUGAAGGAGGCCCCCCCCAAGGAAGAAGCCUGUGGGGACUCCUCUCCUGCCCACGAGGUGGCCGGCCAGCCUGCUGCGGAUGGCCUGCGGUCCCUGGUGCCUCCAGAAGCCAGGACCCCGGGCCCCCUUUUGCCCAACCGAGAGCCCCUGUGCUCUAUUGUGAGCAGCACAGUCCACCAGGAGAUCUCUUCUCCCGGCCCGGUCCUGGCUGGGGCCUCAGAUGACGGGGAAGGGAAAAACACAGCCUGUCCCUCCCCACCCUCACUGGGGCCCUACCCCUGCACCCCAGCGGCCCCAGGGACCCUGGGCACUGAUGUUCCCAAGGAGUGUCACCCCCUGUGGAAGGAGCCCGCCGCUGGGUUCACCGCCAUUCACUCCAGGGUAGCAGAGGAUGGUGGUCCACACCCAGCUGAGUCGGAGCGGCUGCUCCAGCUACCGCUCACCCUGGAGAGUGGGCAGGAGGGUGGGACCCUGCCAACCGGCCUGCCUCUGUUCCAAGGCCAGGCAGUGUCUGCCAGCGCCGAGCCUUCAAACCACAACUUCCAAUGGCUCCAGAACCUGCCAGGCUGCCCCGAGAGCGAAGGGAACGAUGUGUUUGCCAUCCAGAAGCCCACUUCAGUGUCCCCUCAGGAGGGCUCUGAGGCUGGGCCCAGGCCCAGCAGCACCUCCCUGAUGGUGGAGCCCUCGCCCAGUGGUGACACCAGUCUGGAGGACGCACUGCCCUCCCCCCCCACACUCCUGAAGGCAUCUGGGGAGGCCUCAGGCGGCCCUGGAUAUGCUGGUGAGGAAGGGGAUUCCAGGGCUUCCAAGAAGCAUGAUUCUCAUAGCGACUCCUGCUCACAGCAGCACGUGGAGGAGCCCGGCCUCCAGGAGGCCCUGAAGCCGAGCGGGCUGUCAUCUGACAACAUGACGCCGCUCUUCGGGCAGCUGUUCCUGAAGUCACAGGAGUGUCUGGUAAGUCAAGAGCAGAUGCAGGUGUUCCAGAUGAUGGCCAAGUCCCAGGUGUUCAUCUCUGGCUCCCAGGUGGCUGUGGCCUCCUCCCAGCAUGCUGUGCCUGAGGGCAAGCAGGCUGCGCUGAAGCCACUGCAGGGGCCGCGGCCACACCAGCCCCCACCACUGGCACCCACAGUUGACUCUUUCCAUCCUGGCCCUGCAAACCAAGAGCCAGAGGGAUCCCCGCCCCACAAGAGAAAAACCACGCCCGCCUUCCCCAGGGAGGCCUUGCCCGGCAGCAAUAGACGGGACACGAAGGGGGGACCAAAAGUGGCCCCUGCACUGGGAACCCCUGGGAACCCAGACGUCUCCUCUCUGGCCAAGCAGCUGAGAUCCACAAAAGGGCCCUUAGACCUGGGGGACAUCCUCCCCACAGGGGGCCCAUGGCAGACCCAACUAGGUGGGGACAACCCUGCCGGAGCCCAGGUCCCAGGGAAGCAGGCCCAGGUGGAGAAUGGCCUGGCCUUGGGGGCCAUGAAAGGUGCAAAGGGCCCGGCCUGCUCCCAGGGCAGAGGCCGCAGGCUCUUCUCUGGCAACAUGUGGGCCCAAUGUUUCUUGGACUUCCAGAAGGAGAAGGUGAAAAUGGAUACAUGCUGUGAGGCCUCUCCCAGCCAGGUGGCCAUGGCCUCCUCCUCAUUGGCCGGGCCUUCAGUGGACCCCCCGCAGGACUCAAAGUCCAAGCUGACGAUAUCCAACAGGAUCCAGGAUGGAAAUACCUACCGGCUCCCCGAUCCAGUGAAGGAGGAGAGCACGGCAGGCGGAUGUAACCAGCAAAAUAGAGGCCCUGCAGACUGGGCAGAGCCAAGGAGCAUGUGUGUCUGCAAGAACUGCAGCCAGAUGUUUCACACAGAGGAAGGGCUGACCAGCCAUAUGUGUUUUCCCAACGACCAGUGGCUGUCACCUCGAAGGAAGCAGGACCAGCAGGGACAGGACGGAGACCAGGAGGAGAGAGAUGGGGAGGAGACCAGCCAGCCCAGAAAGCGGACAAAGCACCUGCAGCCCAAGGCAUUAUUCCUGUCUCCUGCCCCCUCUGCCUCUGGGGGGCCGGGCCCUGAAGAAGGCCACCAGAGCUGCCUGCGGUCUCCGGUGCUCCUGGUGGACCACUCCCUGCAGGGACUGUGCCCGCGCUCUCCCGAUACACCAUCCCCGGUGCUCAGCCCCAUCCGGGAGGGGUCUGGGCUGGAUUCCAGCACUCUCUGUUCCAUGUCCACUCAGGCUGUUCCUGACAAACUCAUCAGUACUGAGCUUGGUGAGUGCACGAUGCCAGGAGGGGGCACCAACCUGGAGCUCGCUCUGCACUGCCUGCACGAGGCCCAGGGCGAAGUCCCGGUGGCCCUAGAGACCCUGCUACUCAGAGGACCCCAGAAGCCACCGACUCACCCGCUGGCUGACUACCACUACGCAGGUACUGGAGUGAGGCUGCGGGAGUGGCCCAGGGGCGUGCCAAGCCCAAGGGUAGAGACAUUCCAGGAGAGCUUUCAGGAAGUGCCUAGCCCCACGGCGAGGGGGCGUGUGGGGCAGUGCCCAAAGCCCGCUGCUGUUAUCUUUCACCAGGUCCAGACAAAGUCGGUGGCCCAGUGUGUAGAAUAUUACUACACCUGGAAAAAGAGGGUCGGGUUUACUACAUCUUCUAAGACACCGGGACUGAAAAAGAGCGUCAAAAGGAAGCUGGCCGAGACAGACCCCAAAAAAAAAAAGGCCACUUCCAGCCCUAAGAAGAGACGCAACCACCAUCCAACCCCUGAGUUGAAGACAGAGACGGAGAGUUGCAGGGGACAAUCUGUGGCCAACACCAGCCCAAAUGCUGCUCCCAAGCAGACCCCUGAGCCUCCGGGGUGCGUCCAGGGCCAAGGCGCUCCCUGUGGGGAGUGUGAGAGGGUGUUUGACAAGAUGUGGACUCGCUAUCCCCACAUGAAGCGGUACCGAGUUCAGGACCCCAUGGAAACAACUGUCGGGGAGGAGAGGCCAGCGAAGGCCUUUAAGGUUUCUGAAGAUGAGGCUGGAUGAGCUUCCUGGGAAAUCCGUGAGCCGAUAGAGGGGGAUGAUGGACAGCGCUCUCAGGGACACCUGUCCAAAUAAGGGACGUGGGCACACAGAAAUGACUGGCCCACACUCACACACAGGUAAUAGGUUUAGGUGGAAUCAGA